AUGUCCAUUGAAAAGGCAAAACAAGAUCAAUUUUUCAACGGACUGUAUCAACACCUAACGCAACUCUACAAAGGCACACCUUCUCGCGAUGAACAAGGAAUACUAAGGGGUGGUCGUAUUGUGUCGCAUGAAGAUUGGGCAAUCUUCCGAGCACGAGAAGCACUUGAUACUAAGAUCCAUGAAUAUCAGGACGCUGUACAUGACAAAACGCAUUCAAAUAAGGAACUCGACGCACAAUUAGACGAGAUUUCUAAGUCCCUCUCUUUGAUUGAUAAAAAAAUUAUCAGUCAAGCUGAGAAAAGUGAAAAAGAAACACCUCAUAGGCCAGUUGGGUCGUUUAACCCAGGUGACGACUUAUCCCAGGAAGCUGCCUCGAUUAAUUUCAUGAAAUUGAUGCACAAAGAUUGCAUUGAAGAAGUCAUCAAAUCAGAAAGGUCAUUUAUCAACAACCUGGGGUAUUUCACUGGAUAUCAUCUGCAAUGGAUUGAGGCAGCUGUUCGCGCCAAGUUAGCGAUGGCAUCUGAAGGAAUGGGACUUCUUGACUAUCAGAGUUUGAAAAGAUUAAUACGGCACAUUCAUCGACAGGAAUGUUUUAGAGCACUAAUCAAUAUAAUCAAUAGCCACCGUCUCCCAUGA